AUGUCCCCGGUGGGCGUGUCCCUGUGGGCGUGUCCCAUUGGGCGUGUCCCCAUUGGGUGUGUCCCUGUGGGCGUGUCCUGUGGGCGUGUCCCAUUGGGUGUGUCCCGGUGGGCGUGUCCCGGUGGGCGUGUCCCGGUGGGNCUGGAGCGCUGGGUGUCCGGGCAGCUGCAGGAGCUGCUGGGCCUCAGCGGCCGCCACGUCCCCGCCUUCCUGGUGGCGCUGGCGCGGCGCAGCCGGAGCCUGGAGGAGCUGCUGGAGCGGCUGCGCGAGACCGAGGCGCUGCGCGUGGAGGAGCCGCGCGUGCGCGAGUUCGCGCGCCAGCUCUGGGACAAGGUGCCGCGGGCGGCGCCGCGGGAGCCGCCGGGGCGCGCGGCCGAGCGGGCGGCGCUGGAGCUGCAGCGCCAGAACCGCGGCUACCGAUUGGUGGAGAGCGACGAGGAGGAGGGGCCGGGCCCCGCCGGCCCCGCCUACGAGGAAGCCCAAAAACGGCUCAAAAUGGCUGAGGAGGACCAGAAGGCCUUGAUCCCCGAGCUGCGCAAGCGCUCGCGCCGCGAGUACCUGGCCAAGCGGGAGCGGGAGAAGCUGGAGGAGCUGGAGCAGGAGAUCCAGGACGAGGAGCUGCUCUUCGGGGAGGAGGCGCUGACGGCGGCCGAGCGCCGCGAGCUGCGCUACAAACGGCGCCUGCGCGACCUGGCCCGCGACUACAAACGGGCCGGGGCCCAGGAGCAGCUGGAGAGGAGCAGCCGCUACCACAUCCCGCAGGAGACGCGGGACAAGGUGAGCAGGGGGGAAAUCCCGGAUUUGUACCUGGGAAACCCCAAAUUCAUACCUGAGAAACCCCAAAAUCAUACCUGGGGAGGAGCAGCCGCUACCACAUCCCGCAGGAGACGCGGGACAAGCGUGAUCAUGGUGGACGAGGCGCACGAGCGCACGCUGCACACGGACGUGCUCUUCGGCCUCAUCAAGGACAUCGCGCGCUUCCGGCCGCAGCUCAAGGUGCUGGUGGCCUCGGCCACGCUGGACACCGAGCGCUUCUCGGCCUUCUUCGACCACGCGCCCGUCUUCCGCAUCCCCGGCCGGCGCUUCCCGGUGGACAUCUACUACACCAAGGUGACUGGCCCCGGGGGUGACAGGCCCGUGUCCCUUGUCCCCAAGGUGGGGUACAGCAUCCGCUUCGAGGACUGCACGUCGGAGCGCACGGUGCUCAAGUACAUGACGGACGGGAUGCUGCUGAGGGAGUUCCUGACCGAGCCCGACCUGGCCUCCUACAGCGUGAUCAUGGUGGACGAGGCGCACGAGCGCACGCUGCACACGGACGUGCUCUUCGGCCUCAUCAAGGACAUCGCGCGCUUCCGGCCGCAGCUCAAGGUGCUGGUGGCCUCGGCCACGCUGGACACCGAGCGCUUCUCGGCCUUCUUCGACCACGCGCCCGUCUUCCGCAUCCCCGGCCGGCGCUUCCCGGUGGACAUCUACUACACCAAGCAACGAUGUCCCCGACGCCAGGAGGAGAUCGAGGCCUGCGUGGAGCUGCUGCAGGAGCGCUGCCGCCGCCUGGGCUCGCGCCUGCCCGAGCUGCUGGUGCUGCCCAUCUACGCCAACCUGCCCUCGGAGCUGCAGGCCCGCAUCUUCCAGCCCACGCCCCCCGGCGCCAGGAAGGUGGUGGUGGCCACCAACAUCGCCGAGACGUCGGUGACGAUCGACGGCAUCGUCUACGUGCUGGACCCCGGCUUCUGCAAGCAGAAGAGCUACAGCGCCCGCACGGGCAUGGAGUCCCUGGUGGUGACACCCUGCUCGCGGCUGCCGGUGGAGCCGAUGUUGGCCAAGAUGAUCCUGGCGAGCGAGCAGUACGGCUGCACGGAGGAGGUGCUGACGGUGGCCGCCAUGCUCUCGGUGAACAACGCCGUGUUCUACCGGCCCAAGGACAAGGUGCUGCACGCCGACAGCGCCCGCGUGGCCUUCAGCGUGCCCGGCGGCGACCACCUGGUGCUGCUCAACGUCUACAACCAGGUGUGGGGACAGCGGGGACAUUUAUCCCAGUCCCUCCCAGUAACGCUGUGUCCCCCCCAGGCCAUCACGGCGGGGUUCUUCUACCACACGGCGCGGCUGAUCCCAGUCCAUCCCAGUCCCUCCCAGUCCCUCCCAGUAACGCUGUGUCCCCCCCAGGCCAUCACGGCGGGGUUCUUCUACCACACGGCGCGGCUGGCGCGGGGCGGGUACCGCACGGUGAAGCACCAGCAGCCGGUGUUCAUCCACCCCAACAGCGCCCUGUUCGCCCUGCAGCCCCGCUGGGUGCUCUACCACGAGCUGGUGUGCACCUCCAAGGAGUUCAUGAGACAGGUGCUGGAGAUCGACAGCGCCUGGCUGCUGGAGGUGGCCCCCCACUAUUACCAGGCCAAGGAGCUCGAGGACGGCAGCGGCCGCAAAAUGCCCAAAAAAGCCGGAAAAUCGCGGGAGGAGCUGGGCUGAGCCCGGGGACACCUGGGGACACCCGGGGGACACCCGGGG